AUGCCGGCCCUGCUGCACGAGCCGGGCGCUCCGCACGGGGCCUCCACGGCGCGCGGCGUCUUUGCGCGCGCUCCUCCUCCUCUCGCAGGCCCCCACUCCCACCCACCCCGGGGCCCCCCUGUAUAUAGACCUGUCCCCUUUCCCCGCCGUCCUAGCAUCGUCCUCACUCCCCGGUGGGAAGGACCCCCAGAGCCGCCGCCCCUUCCUGAACACGGCGUCCUCCGCCACGCGGGCCGCGCCAGCCCUGCCCUCGCCGGGCCCCUGGCGCCCGGGAACGCCGGCUGGCCGGGUGCCCCUCUCCCCGGGGGACGCGGGGGAGUCUGUGCAACCAGGAGAGGGCGGCCUUGCCCAACGGUCAGGAGUACGGUACUUUCCCUCCGGGAAGGGAAAAUCCCGCGCGCACGCGCGCUGCGGACUCUGGAACCCGUCCCCCUCCUUACUGGAGCAGUGAGGAACCUCGCCACGGACAGAUUUCUACGCAGGCGCCGAAGUCCGUUUCGGCCCCUCGGUUUCCACCCCGCGCAGGCGCACAAAGCCGCGCAGGCAACCUCCGCAGCGGCUUCGCGCACCCUUCGCUCGCUGGCUGCUUUUGUCCCACGCAACCUUCUCAGGUCCUCCGCCAGCCGGAAGGAGCCGAAGCGCCGACGGAAAAGGCCGAAGCUGUGCCCCGUGAGUGAGGCCUUCACGAAGCGGAGGCGGAAGGAGCCGAAGUUCUCCGGGAGAGGAGGAGUGAACGAGUGGAAUCUCCGGAAAGAGCCGAAUUUUGGAAUCGAGCGUAAUCUCUGGAGGGACCCGAGGGCAAGCACCGGAAACCUUCGGCAGGGGCCGAAGUCCGGGACGGUUACGCUUGUUGGAAGUGGACGAUUGCUUGGACAGGGCCGGCAGAGAAGGCGGGGCGCGUCUGCGGAAGAAGUCAUAGGCUGGGACGGUUUGAAUUGUCGGAAGACGCCGAACCCCUAGAGGGGGCUGGGUGCAGAGGAACGCG